AUGGAAUUUAAUGACCAGCAGCAACCUUCGGGUCCGGCCCAGAACAAUGGCCACGACGGCACUGCGACGGCAAUCUGCCGCAGUAGCGCCAAUACACCACGCUAUUCUCGUAGUGUUCAGACGCCGCAGCAGCAUGCACAAAUAUUCCCAAAAUCGGGUGUUGGAAGGCCAGAGACAACGGAAUUUGAGGGCGUACAUGAAUUUCAGAUCGACAUUAAUGGCGACCUGAAACGUUUACAGUAUGGAAUUGACAGACUUUUCAUCAAACCAAACGAUACGUUUGGCGUUGAUGUUAAGGUAACACAUAUGAGUGAACAGCAAAUGUUCCUACGUGCAUGUACUUGCUUCCAAGAAGAGAUUCAGGCACUGAAUCGCGUCGAGACCUGCCUCAAUCAUCGAACAGGCAGUACUGUGAACCAAACAAUGAAUGUACUACGUUCCUGCGACCCCAAUAUGGAGCGCGUUUACUAUGACGGUGAUGAUACCCAAGAGAAUUACUAUUUUUCCACCGUUACGAAGCUAGAAAGCAAUAAGACUAUGCAAACAUGUACUUAUAAAUUUAUAUGUAAAAAUACAUGCGAAUCGGGUAUAAACCGACGAGAUAUCGCAGUAAUCUUUACACUAGAAAACGAGAAGGGUGAUGCAUUGGGUCGAAAAUUAUUGAAAGUUAAAGUAUGCCAGGGUCCGCGCCGAGACAUGUUGAAUUACAUGAACAAAAAUACUAAAAAUAUAUCUCAAUCUACUAAUGAUAGUGAUACAACUAGGACGGUUACAAAGACAAUAAGAAAAAGGAAAAUUGUUGAAUCCAAAAAAGACAUGGAAGAUUCGAAUGAUUGGAAUAUACCCUUACAAGCAUUAAAAAAGAAGAAGAAGGCAGAUAACCAGAUCUACAUAAUACCUUCGAUCUAUGUCAAAGACCGAUUAUUGUUUCGUAAACUGAUUAAGAAGAAUAUCAAAGCGUUAAAAUCUCACAUUGCCAAAAAUAACGAAGAGGAUGCAGAACAUUUAAAUGCUAACAUAGCUGUGCUGAAACGCGGACUCAGUUCAGUUUAG